GGGUGAGCCUUUGGUUUCAUAAAAGUCAGCAAAGAAGAAAGAAAAUAGAGAAAUGGGGAGAGCUCCUUGUUGUGACAAAGCAAAUGUGAAGAAAGGGCCUUGGUCUCCUGAAGAAGACUCUAAGCUGAAAGAUUAUAUAGAGAAAUAUGGAACUGGUGGUAAUUGGAUUGCUCUCCCUCAAAAAGCUGGUCUGAAAAGAUGUGGGAAGAGUUGCAGAUUGAGAUGGCUUAAUUAUCUGAGGCCAAACAUUAAACAUGGUGAAUUCACUGAUGAUGAAGAUAGGAUUAUCUGUACCCUCUUUGCUAGCAUUGGAAGCAGAUGGUCAAUAAUAGCUGCUCAGUUACCAGGAAGGACUGAUAAUGACAUCAAGAACUAUUGGAACACCAAGCUUAAGAAGAAGCUCAUGGCCAUGAAUGGUAUUCCUUCUCAACCACAAAGAAAACCACCACCACCACCACCACCAUUUUCUCAUCAACCUCAACCUGUUUCAUCACUAUACGAAGACAGCACUGCUUAUUAUUACACACCUUUUGAACCCAUUAUGUCAUCAGCCCAAUCUGAUCUUUUGAACAACACUAACUUGACCAACAAUUCUUCUCUCAUUCAAACACCAGAAAGCUUGUUCAGUCACAUGCAAUAUCAUCCAAUGAGAGACAAUUUCCUCAUGUUUGGGGGUGAACCAAGCUGCAGUUCAUCUGAUGGUAGCUAUGGCAAAGAGAUGAAACAAGAAGAUCAUAUGGGUUUUCAGGGUUUUGGUGCUUCAUUAGACUAUGGUACCAACAAUGGAGUUAACCAAUGGAUUGAGAAACAAAGUGGGUAUAGUGGAGAAUGCCCAUUAGAUUAUAACCCUGAAGAUGUUAAGAGACUGAUUAGCUCUAAUAAUAACAGCUUCUUCAUAGAUGAAAAUGACACACAAGAUAAAGCUAUGUACUGCUAUUACUACUAGUGAUGGAACUGCUUGCAGGAAAGAUUUGAUGGGGUAAGGCCCAAAGCUGAGGGAUUGAAAAGAAAAAAAGAAAAAAGACUUUCAGUUUCUGGGGUAAUGUGUACUGAAUCUGAUGAAAUGAAACAUAUUUUAAAAUUUGCCUUUUUUAUAUGUAUUUGAUGCAUUUCUUUUUGGGAAAUGAUGAUAAUUCUUGUUUGUACGGAUCCUUCCACUGCAAGAAAUCAAUGUUUUCAUGAAAACAAUAAGUUUUUAAUCAUCAUUAUAUGAACAAAUGUCAACCUAAACCAAGCUUGCACUGUAGCUCAAUCUUUUUCUUUGUUUUUUUAAUGAACUUUGAAGACAAUUGGCAGUCAUUUACUGGGAUUCAAGAAACAACUUGAAAAAAAAGCCAAUUAUAGCCCCUUGUAGUCUCUCUCAUUGUACUGUUUGUCAUUGAAGGUCAACAACUCUGUAUGUAUAUGUGUUCAUCAUUAUCACGGUAACCAAUUCAAAAUGUUUUGUUUGAUCAAAUCUUUUUGAUUGGUUUUGAAGUAUCCAAUAGUGUUUUUAUUUGAUUUCACGAAUUUAUAUCCUGUUCCAAUACUUUUUUGGCCAUGGUGUUACCUUGUAAGCCUAUGCAAUGGCAAGCACACAUCACACACUUAUUGUCCUUAACAUGACAACUCAAAUCUAAGAGGAAAUAACGCAAAUAGAUCAACUGAACUCCAAAAAAUAAAAAUAAAAAAGUAAUAAAAGAGUGACAUAUAAUGUCUUGGGAAUGAUUAAUAGCACUUUUGAUAAAACCCUUCUAAACCAAAGAAUAAGAACUUUUUCUCUCUCUACUCCCAAACUCUCAUCUUCCUUUCCCAUGUUGCAUCAAUCAAAAGUAAUAAUUAAACCAUUAAUUAAUACUCAAGUCUUGUUAACAAUGGCAUAAUUUAGCAUGUUUUGUUGACUAAAUUUGGUCAAAUUUGAUGGAUAGUAAGAGAGACAACAACAUACUUAG